AUGGCCUGCCACAUUUGUGUCGACUGUGGUGUUCAACAUCCGUUCGCCUCAUCUCCUCCUACAAGUUGUUUUAUCUCUCAGGACGAACGUGAAUUCGUUGGUAUAAACGGUCUACAAUGGACAACACGCCAAGAAAUGUUGAGCGUACAUAAAAAUAAAAUAAAAUGUGAAGAAGAAGGAUUGUAUUCUAUUCGUACUGAGCCACAGUUUGCAAUUGGCCAACGCGCAUUUUUAGUUCAAACACCAAAUGGAAACAUUCUUUGGGAUUGUAUUUCGUUUCUCGAUCAAAAUACUAUUGAUCUUCUUAAGGAGUUAGGUGGCAUAGACGCAAUCGCUAUUUCUCAUCCACAUUUCUUUGGCAGUAUGAUUGACUGGAGUCACGAAUUCGGCGAUGUACCUAUUUAUAUACAUGAAAAUCUCAAGAAUUGGAUAGCGAGACCUGCAGACUGCAUACAUUUCUGGAACGGUGAAACAAAAGACUUGUUCGAUGGGAAACUGAAGCUGGUACAAACAGGUGGACACUUUGAAGGAUCACAGGUAUUAUAUUGGCCAGCAGGUGCAUCUCAAAAUGGUGUCUUACUGAGUGGAGAUGAACCACAUAUUUGCAUGGACCCAAAGCAAGUUUCAUUCAUGCACAGUUUUCCAAAUUAUAUUCCACUCAAUGCCAGAAAAGUCAUGCGAAUAUUAGAACGUUUGGAACCGUUGAGCUAUGAUCGACUGUAUUGUGCAGUUCUUAGUGGUGGAGGCGGAGAUGGAGUGAUUCGACAAAUGGCGAAACAAAUUGUAGAACGAUCAGGAAAACGUUACUUGAAAGCUAUCUCAGACGAUUCAGACUGA